AUGUGCAAGUUCACAAAUCGUUUGUUUGUCUUGGCUUUGCUGCAUUUCGUUGCUUUGGCUCUACCGAAGCCUCUGAAGACUCGCAGCAGUUCCAGCGAUCUAAUUGAUCUAUUAUACAAUGAUUAUGGCGACUAUGGCUACCAGGUGGAGGAGGUUCACUACGAUCAGAGGCAGAAGGGUACAGAAAAUUUAAGAUGGCAUCUAGAUGGUUUCGUUUUUGGUUUGCCAGGUCGUGAGGACUACUCCUGGAUGGAACAGCUCUUUGAGACAUACUCAAACAGUCCACUAGCUGCCAUACGAGAACCUGUCGAUCAUUAUCCGACUGAGUCUAUUAAUAAAACAGAUGCGACGACCGAUCAAGUGGUAAAUAUAUCAACUCCGAAAAAGGAAAUUGAAAGCCGACAAAGCUCCAAUAAUAAAAUGUCCAGCUCACCUCGCACAAAAUCAGAAAUGGUGCAGCUUCUUAAACUGUUUCGACGCCCACAAGUUUAAUUCUCUACAACAUAGCAC